UUGUUUGGCUGCAAAGAUGGCCGCUGCCAGUGCGCGGUGACGUAAAAACCGCAGCCACGGAAAAACCCCUGUGGCUUCUUCCAGCCGUAGCUCUCCCGGUUUUCCUCAAUUGCGAGAAACCGCUAAGCUUUCCUGCUUUCACCGGAGCCGUAAAACAGUCCGCAGGUCAAUCGCGAGCGCCUUAUGGACGCUCGCCCGUAUCAAUCGAAACGCUCUCCAUAUGACUCGAGCGGCGUCACUCACUCACGACAGCUGUGCGCCUGAUCCUCAUGACCGUGAGCCGCGAUGACAUCAGCGAAGGCAGCGCAGGCGGCGUUGACGUUAUCGCUCCGUGACGACUGCGGAGUUCGUUUUUGAAGUCAUGGCGGUCAGGAAACGUGGCGAAGCCAAGAGGCCCGCGGCCGAAGCCGCCGCUGUACCGGCGGCCGGCCCGCAGUCGCCCGCUGCGGCGGUGCCCGUGUUUUCGGCCAGGAGAAUCGUCGUGCGCGUCGGCGUGUCCGUCGCGUUGCUGACUGCCCUCUACAUUCCGGCGUGGUGGAAGUCCGGGAGCGUCAGGACGUUCGCGUCCCGCGACGAGGUCUUGGCGAUCAAGUCGGAGACGGUGGAGUGUUCCAAGGACUACGUGAACGACCGUCGGCUCUUCAAGGAUUGUGCCCCCCAAAAGUGCGGAAGAGUGGUUUCGGACAGCGUGGUCACCGCCGAAGAGAGUGAUGCACUGUUGAACCUGGCAAAGCGGGGCUUGGCACUGAGUCAUUCCGACGGUGGAGCUUCGAUUCUUGAUCUGCAUUCCGGAUCCAUUUCCUUGGGGAAAAAAUUCGUCAAUGUCUACAAACUGCUUGAACAGAAAGGCACUACACUAUUCAGCGACCAUGACUUGAAAGUCUACAAGCAGGUCAAGGACAAGAUUCGGCGCCUGAUCGGUUUUCAGUUUGGCAUCAGGCCUGACUCCUUACACUUGACACACCCGACAUUCUUCUCGGAAAUGACGGUGCGGCCGGCCGUCACCGUCCACGACGAGUACUGGCAUGUGCACGUCGACAAGGAGCAGUACGGAUCAUUCCACUACACUUCGCUGCUCUAUCUGGCCGACUACAAUGCCGAUUUUGGCGGAGGUCGCCUGUUUUUUGUGGACGCCAUUAGGGGCAAUUCCACGGUGGAACCCAAGAAAGGUCGUGUCUUGGCUUUUACAUCUGGCUCGGAGAACCUGCACUUCGUGGAGAAAGUGGACAAGGGCGUGCGAUAUGCGCUGACCGUGUCGUUCUCCUGUGACCCUUCAAAGGCCAUCCGUGACCCCGGCAGGCCUCGACCGAGCGUCUGAGGUGCAACUUAUCGUGAAUGCGACAUGGUCUACGAAGAUGAAGGUUGCUCAUGAAUGCGAUGUGGCGUUGUUCUGCGUAUUCAUGCUUUUCUACAUAUUGGGGAAAGUGGAAGUGAAACGAGAGAUUUAAAUGCCGAUUUCCACAACCAAAAGGAUUUUGACGCAUACAGCGGCAGUAACAUUGCCCGUAGUGAUCGCGGAGGCCACUUUAUAUAAAUGCCUGAUACACAAUUUUCUAUGCAUACAUGCUUUAGUCAUACAUACUACCGUAUAUACUCGUGUAAGGGCCGCACUUUUUCUUCGAAAAUUUUGCUAGGUGCGGCCCUUACACGAAUCAGGCCGAUUUAGUACAGGCAGUACAGGCCAAAGGUCUGUACUGUUUAUGCAACAGUAGCAGAGUGCAAGAGUCACAAAUGACAUGCCAGAAAUGUUUUUAUUCGGAUUCCAUUUCGCUGUCCUCGUUCUCGGAGGAGCUCGCCUCGGCGUCCGCGUCUUCCCAGAGACGGUCAUCUUCGGUGCCGUUCAUGGAGUUCGAAAUUCCCGUUACCUUGAAGCUUUUAGCAACUACUUCUACUGACAUGGCACGCCACGCAUUCAAAAUCCAUUCACACACCUGUUGGAGCGACGCCCGCUUCAGCCGUCCUGUAGGGGUCUUCUCGUGGACGCCUCCAGCCAUCCAUUCAGAGUAACAUCGGCGAAAUUCCACUUUGAAUGGUCUGUUGACGCAUACGUCGAGCGGCUGCAGCACACUCGUCAGGCCACCGGGAAUGACGGCCAAGUCCGUACGAGUUGCGGCAACUCGGUUCUUGACGCGGUCGGUCAAGUGGCCCCUAAAGCUGUCCAAAACAAGGAGGGCUUUCCGUUGUAACAGCCCUCCAGGUCUGUUUGCCCAGACGGUCUUAAUCCAGUCAACGACCAGUUCCUCGGACAUCCAGCCCUUCUCUUGCGCACGUACGACGAUUCCCUGAGGGAACUUCUCUUUUGGGAGAGUCUUCCUUUUAAAUACGACGUACGGCGGAAGCCUCCUGCCGUCUGCCGUGAUGCACAACAUCACAGUGCACCUUUGGCGUUCUGCACCAGUCGUGCGCACAGACACACUUUUCGCACCUUUUAAAUCCACUGUGGUGCUUUCCGGUGCAUCGAACCACACAGGUGUCUGGUCCGCAUUCCCAAUUUGGGACAGGUCGUAUUCAUGCUCCCUCCUGAGAGCAUUCACGAAGCGAUGAAACUUAAUGACGUGGUCUUCGUACUCGCGCGGCAGUUUUUGGCAAAUCGUCGUUCGGCGCCGAAUAGAAAGCUGGUUACGGUUCAUAAACCGCGUAGCCCAGCCCCGACUUGCCUUGAAUUGUGCCGGGGGUAUUUCCAUGUGGCGAGCGAUGCUGAGGGCUUUGACGCGUAUCAUGUCAGUCGAUACGGCGUAGCCGUCCCUUCGUGUGUCGACGACGUAGUUGACGAGCUCGCUUUCGAGUUGCGGGUACUUGCACUUUUUCCCGCGAAACGCCUUUCGGCUCCUGUUAGUAGCGGCGAGGGCAUCUUUCUGAUUCAUCCAGUAACGCACGCGCUUCUCAUCGACGUCGUACUUUCGUCCAGCUUCCCGCUUCCCGUGCUCCUCGGCAUAGUCAAUCACUUGCAGCUUAAAUGCUGCAGUGAAUGAUCUCAGAUGCCGGCCCAUCGUCCGUCACGUGCGCUGGCUUCUGCAGGGUUCACUACAACCAACAAAGUGACACCGACGACACCGAUCUGAAGUCGCGCUGCCAACGUAUCGACACGAUGCUAGGAACGAUGCCAACAAAGAGGCCGCACAAGGCAAAUAUGGCGGCGCGCUGUCAACAGCGUGGUCGGCGCGUCGGCGGAAGUAGAAUAAAAGCGGAAAAGCGUGCAGCGCCAUCUGGCUGUAAAUGAACUAACUACACUUUUCUGGCGGGACAUUUUGAACUUUUGUUUUUUUUUUUUCGAAAUAUCCGCUUUCAAAGUUGGGGUGCGGCCCUUACACGAGGGCGGCCCUUACACGAGUAUAUACGGUAAUUAGGAAAGAGGAAAUGGAACAUUUCUGUAACUUCAAAAAAAGGUAACAAGACUUAAGCUCAUUUCAUGCAUAUGAUUGGACGACAUUCUCUACAGUGAUUUGAGGCCUCAUUACAAGUGCGACACAGGCUUUUCAAUGCAUCAUGACAGCAUGCCAGUGAGUGGAAACGAAAGGAAAGCUUCUAACAAAAAUAAAGCAUACUUUCGUGACUCAACUUUUUACGCAUAAGAAAGACGUUGCGAGUGAUUGUUUUCAUACAUUUGGCAGAAAGCUAUACGACUAGACAAAGAAAUGAAGGUUCAAACUUACCUUUAUUUAAUUUCAUGCCGAAAUGCCAGCGUUGAUACAUCAGUGCAAUGUAAUGGAUUUCGAAGUAUCUUGUGAUAUUUAAGUUGUUUUCAGUGCAGGAAAAGUACUCAAAACUGACUACGUAGUUUCUAUUUUUUCUCUUCUUCUUUAGCAUGCGAUGUACUGUAUUUACUAGAAAAUUUGUUGAACACAAACUCGUCAAAAGGUUAAAAAUUGAAUAUAGGUCAACCCACAUCUCUUCAGAAAAUCUUAACAUGACAUACCUUUGCUUACCACAAGCUCGGCUACCAAAUAUCGCUAGUUGAUGCCACCAGCUGCAGCCUCAUUGGGAGUGCCGGAGAAGUCGUUCUCAUCGGAUGUUUCGCAGGUGUCCUUGGCACUCCAGACGAUGUCGUCAUCUGUGCCGUCAAGUGCACUGAGUACGAAGCAUUUCUUAAAGCCAGUCUGGACAAUCUCCAGACUGGCCUUAGGAGGUACGCAACGGAGGGAUUCCGGAGGCACUUUUUAAUGCGAAAGCAUUACUUGGCUCAUUGCGCGAGCCCGCCGUCAUUAGAAAGCCAUGGCAGAAGAACGGCGCACAAAUUACGUCAUCUUCAUCUAACUAAAGAAUAGAAAGUGGCCAUGGUGAGGAUUCGUUCCUCUGCCCAACUGCCACUGUGACCGCUUCAUAGCCGAGCGCGCUAACCAGUGCGCCACCAUUACAUAUUUUCGAGGCCGUGCAUAUGGUUUGGCUCUGCCUGGCAGGCAAUUCACUAGAUGGCACUAUGGAGUCUUCAUCGUCCGAAGUUGAAUCGCUCGCAUCUACAUCAUCAGGCGAGACAGCAAAACGUGGCCGGAUAUGCCAGUCCACCGACGACGAAGUUCGAGACCAUCGUAACGCCGCAAAACGUGCGCAGCGAGCGGCUGCAGCGAAAGAACAUUCAUCACCCAAGCUCCCGACGACGCGAAAGCGGCUUGGCAGCAAGCAUGGUGUGCUGCAGCGAGGCACACUUUAAUGAGAACUCCAGAAAUAAAGCUUGGCUGAGAGUUUGCAAUAUGGCCGGUUCGUCAUCUUGCGUUGUUGCAACCUCAUAACCAGCAACAUUACACCCGGAAACAUAACGCAGUAGCACUAAACUCGGCAGCGUCUGGCAGCAACACUAAACUCGGCGACAUUGCAGCGACUCACUUCGCAACAAGUAAACCCAUUUACAUGUUGUGAGAAUUGCUUAGGUGCUCCGGUAUUCUAGCUUUGUUCACGAAUAUAAACCAAGAUUAUUUGGUCACGCAUAAAGGUCAAUAUCUGACUUUGGGUAACAUCUAAAAAAAAAAAGUUGACCUAUUUUCAAAUAACUACAAUGUUCCUCCUUUACUGACCGACUUUUAAGUGAACUUGAAUAGAUGCUCUAGAAGUCCACGACUGCACGACCAGUGUGGCAGCUUCAGCUCAGCGAGGUGGCGCCACCAGUCUAUUGUUUGUUGCACGCGUUCUUGCUUACCAAGCACUAGAAGGUUGUGUCACUACUGUCACUAAAGGUUGUGCUAUUGUGGUGGCAUAAUUUAUCAACACAGCUUAACAUUGCUUUGCACUGUCCCCGUAAAGCUUUUGUGUCCCUGGUUUGUGUUAAAUGUUCCACCACCUUCUAUGCCCAUUCAGUAUUCGCUGUGCCUUCGUGCAUCAGUCAAAACGGGUUCGGCACACAGCUGUAACUCUCCUACCUAUGCACUUACGUUUUGGCAGUUGACCUGUUGAGCUGUUGUAAUAGUAAAGAACAAAUUGUGCUUUCAGAGUUUUUUUUCCUAUGAGACCAAUGUGUUAACGCAUACCUUUGUUCGUUUGGAUGUACAUAUUUCAUUACAUUGUUAAUAAAAGCUUUUUUACUUGGA